UUCUUUAAUAUAAGUAAAUGAUAUGCCAAGAAUAUAAGUGAAAAAGUAAUGUUGUUUAAUUUAACUGAACAAUAUAAAUAAUUUCAACAAAAUUAAAGGCACUCGUUAAACGGAAAUGUGGUGGAUUCCACCCCAAACAUCGUCCGCUUGCAUUGAGAAAUAAGAAAAAGCAGUGUAAAACCAAAUGAGCUGCAAAACAUUGGAAAGCAAAGUUGGUGCCACGGACACAGUGACGAUAAUGGAUUCUUACGCUUCCGGAGGUGACGACGAUGCACAAAAUGAUAUAUUGGUUGCCAGAUAAAGAACUUCAAACUCAUUUUCGAAUUUCAGUCAUCCUUAAUCCUAAAAAGCUUAAUGACAAAUUGAACGCAUAGCAAAUUUUUUUAUAAAUCUUCGUCUUUAGAAAAUAUCCUAUUAAUAUUUUUAACAUUUGAUGGCUAUAAAGCAGAAAUCAUUUAUUAAAGAGAAUGAUUAGAGCGUGAUUGAGACUAUUUCACCGCUAGAUAACAGUGAUAUUUGGGAGAUAAUUAUUUUAUUAAUUUAUUAUUAUCUUGCUCUGAAAUGUUGACAAACAGAAUCAAUUUCUUGCGGCAGUUGUGAAAGAAUCUCUUAUUUCUUUCGUCGAUUCUGGCAGUUCAAACGGCAAUCGCAAUCGGUCCUUCUCGUUAUUCUACGUUCUCUGUAUAAAGCAUGUAGAAUUUCAUCAUUGUUUAAAUGAACGGGUUCAAACUAAACCACCAAAAUAAAGAGCUAUUGAGUAACUUGCUAAUUUUUACUGAAUCCUGUUCUAUAAAAGCUCAGUAAAUUUCAUUGAUUUGGUAGAUUAAGACAACUUAGUAGUUUUUGCCGACUUUUCUCAACGAACACAGCUAAGGUCUUCACACGUAUAUUUACAAAAAGCUUAAUUAUUAAUCACAUAUACAUAUAUCUCUUCUUGAAGUUUUCAUUUUCCAUUCUUAUAUUAUCAUCAUAUCGUUUUGGUAUUUCCGUUUUUAAUUUUCCAAUAUCCGCUCUUUAAAAUCAUUUAAAAAGUGCUUUUAAAAUGUAACAACUUUUAAUUGAAAGCUCUACCACUACACAACGACUUGCAUAUUUCGCUGACGUAAUCCACAUAUGACAUAACAUCCACAUUCCACUUUGACAGUUGCGCGAUUGUGAAAUUCAUUGUGAACUGGCAUUGCUUUCAGUUGUGAGGUUUUCGCGAUUAUUUACCCGCAUUUUUUUGCAUUUGUUUUGGCUUUUAAAUUAUUUGAAAAUAUGUGCGCUGCCAAAUUAGAAGAGGCACUAAAUGAUUGUCUAAUAAAUUUCGAUCGCCGUGUGUUGUUAACAGAUUUAAUAAAUGAAUAUCAUAUGACAAUUGAGGAGGUGAGCCAAACGUUAACAACGCACUUGGAAAAGCAGGAGAAAGAAGGUACCAAAUAUGAGAAACGUUAUGUGGUACAUGGCUUUGUGGCGGAUGAAGCUGGUAAAGAAGUAUUUACAAUUGUAAAAGGUGAAACGAAGUUGAAUGAAUGGCUAAAUAAAUUAAAAGAUGCCGAGUCAUCGCUGUAUUCUGUAGAGAUUACAGGUGGCGCAAAAGCACCCGCAGAGGAUUUAAAACCAGUAGAGUGGUGCGCUAUUCAAUUGGAAAAUCUUGAAAAGCGAGUGAGUGGUGGUAAAAAAAAUGAUGGCGAUACAGUAAAAACGAAUGCCACAGCUACUGCUAAAGCAGAAAUUAAAAUUGAAAACAAACCAUCUGCUGCGAACGUUUUUACUAAAAGCAAGCAAAGCGAAAACAAAAAUAGCACUUCUAAUACAAAGGAUAAAGGGAAAGAUGCUGGUGCAUCCAUUUCAAAAACUGUAGCAGUUGAAAGCAGUAAAACAUCGCCCAACAAAAAGGCGCCCCAAAAAUCCGUCGACUCCAAAAAAGUGUCACCGAAAGACAAAAAAGCAGCAGCAGCCACGAGUGGGCAGAAAAAUAUCGGUAGCUUCUUUGCACCGAAAGGAAAAGAUGCCGCAGAUGCUACGGGUAAAGCCGCCAGUGGAGUCAUUCGACAAAAGACGCCCAAAAAAUUAAAUGACUUCUUUAAAAAGCAAGUUGAUGCCAAAGAAACGCUCAAGCAUGAGGAAUCGAAAGCAAACACUUCCACGCAACUAUUUACCGAUGAUGGUGAUGAUGCAGAGGAGGAGCAGAAGGCUGAAGAAAAUGUUGAAGAAAAAACAGUUGAAGUGCUAGUUGAAUCUUCCGAUGAGGAGGAGGAAAUUAAUAAAUUGCGAAAGAAAGUGUUAGAUGCAGAUAAAGAGGAAGCAACUGCAAGCAAACGUAAACGUUUACGCAUCGAAGAUUCGGAUGAAGAGGAAAGUGAAGAAGACGUACAGGAGCAGCCACAGCAAAAGCAAAGCAAAUUAGAUGAAGCAGCAACUGAGAUUGACGAUUCGCCGCCAAAAUCUGAAACAUAUUUAGAUGAAGAUGGUUUUGUAAUUACAGUUAAAUCGAAGAAAACACAAUCGAAGGCGACGAGUUCAACUGCAGCAAAAGCACGUCCAAAGACACCAAAAAAAUCGAGUGCAAAGGAUAAUAAAUCUAAGCAAACGCCAACGCCAGCUGCUAAGACGAAGCAAGGCAACAUUAUGAAUUUCUUUAAAAAGAAGUAGCUUUAAUAAUAAUUAUGCUAUAUUGUAGUUAUAUAUUGUAUUUAAGUAUAUAAAUUUUGCUGAAUAAAAGAGGAAUUAUCGAAUACUAUGAAAAUG